AUGUCUGUUUUGGAAUCAGUAGAUGUUCCUCUGGAAUUGACCAAGGGUAAAAUAGACGAAUUAAGGGACUUUUUGAAGAUUUCGAUUAGUAUCGCCAACGCGCACACAGUCGACUUCUACACUUGUAAUGUUUGGGAACAGUUUAUCGCGGUGCCGCCCGAGAGCGUGUUGUCCAUUUUCAGUUCUAAAUGUGACCAGAGGGUGGCGCCAGAGAAUCGGAGAACUCAGAGCUGUCAGAGGCGCGGAGGUAAGGAUAGGACCAACUUUGGUUUCUGCGAUGACACUAAACGACUGGUGGACGUGGCAGUGUUUCUUGACGCUGCUAAACGGCACACACUGCCUGGGCUGGGGGUGUGUGUGCUGCUGCCCAAGGUCCUGCAGGCACUUCGAGGACACCAGAGCAUCCCACCAGCUGCAGAAGACGUCCCUCUGGAGCCGGAGGAAUUCAUGAAUGCCAAGAAGUCCCACGAGGUGCAGAUCCUGUCUGGAGUGGUGGCCAGUCUGGCUCAGCAGUGCGGAGUGAGACAGGUUAUAGACGUGGGCUCAGGUAAGGGCUACCUGUGCUCCUUCCUGUCCCUGCAGUACGGUCUGCAGGUUUAUGGGAUCGACUCUUCGAGCAGGAACACACACGGAGCGCAGGAGAGGAACAGGAAGCUGCAGAAGUACUCCAGAGCGUACCAGAGACACCACAACACUAGGACCGCCAUCAGCGGAGGAGAGCAGAGAGCGAGGGAACAGCUACAGGAAGAGAGAGACAGGUCUGAGCAGGGAGGAGAGCAGAGAGCGAGGGAACAGCUACAGGAAGAGAGAGACAGGUCUGAGCAGGGAGGAGAGCAGGGAGCGAGGGAACAGCUACAGGAAGAGAGAGACAGGUCUGAGCAGGGAGGAGAGCAGAGAGCGAGGGAACAGCUACAGGAAGAGAGAGACAGGUCUGAGCGAGGAGGAGAGAGCGAAGAGAGACCAGUACAGAGAGAGAGAGACCCAUCUGAGCAGGAAGGAGACGGAGACAGUGUUGUUGGAUUUAAACCAUUCCAGGGCCAGGACACUGAAACGCUGACCAUGCUCUUGGAAGCAUCUGUUGCCAUGGCGCCUGUGGAGGACUCGCCCAAGCGGAACGUGAGCGAUGCUCUGUCACCAGACACAGGCACGGUCAGCUCCAGUCCAGAGAGCCCCUUCCCCUUCCUGGGGGUGCUGUCCCCGGAGCUGGUGGAGAUUCCGCCCCCCCGAACACCCCCCACCCAGCUGAGCCCAGAGGAGAGGGAGAGGAGGAAGAGAGAGAACCUGGAGAGGAAGGGGCGGGGCAGCAGGGACAGUCUGUUCUCCCCCCUCACCUCCUACAUCACUGCCCACACGGAGCUGCGUGACAUCAUCACACACCUGGAGGAUGCGCUGUUGGUGGGCCUGCAUACGUGUGGGGAUCUGGCUCCCAGCACGCUGCGCAUGUUCACAGCCAAGCCAGAGCUGAGGGCCGUGUGCAGCGUGGGCUGCUGCUACCACCUGCUGUCUGAGGAGUUCGACCCGUCUGCGACAGAAUGCCCAACCAGCCAAUGGGGAUUCCCCAUGAGCAAACACCUGAGAGACCUUGCCUGGUUCUGCGGCCGAAAUGCCAGGAUGUCAGCCUGCCUGGCUCUGGAAAGAGUCAGCGCUGGGGGAGGGCUCCCCAGUGAGUCGCUGUUUUACCGCGCGGUGCUCCACGUGAUCCUGCGAGACCAUUACGCCGCGUUUAAGAGUGAGAAGCGUGUGGGGAACGUCUACUCCAAAUCCACCUCCUUCCUGGACUACGUCAGACGAGCCCUGAGGAAACUGGGCCUGGACGGGUCAAAGAUCUCUGACUGCCUCAUCCAGGGCUACCAUGAGAAGUACAGCCCCAGGAAGCAGGAGAUGCAAGCCUUCAACAUGCUGAAGGUGUCCUUGGCUCCCUGCAUAGAGGCCUUGAUACUGCUGGAUCGCCUCUGCUACCUGAAAGAGCAGCACUGCUCCUUUGACCCGAGAAAAGAACCCAGGGCUUCGUUGCAGCAAGCCGAAACACGGAUGGCUUCUAGCGACAUGUUUGCUGACGUUCUAUUCACUGAUCAAUCGACUGUCGUCAUUCAGCGUUUUUCUACACGCUCCUGCAGAAAAGCAGGAACUGCAAGUAACGUGAAGCCAGUUCAUCCCCUCGAAGUUCAGGUUUGGGGCGGGAUAUCACGCCAGGGUCCAGGACCGUUGUUCAUUUUUUGAGGGCACCAUGGGCCGCAGCUUCUAUGAGGAACACGUCAUAAAAGGGAAAGUUGGACCAUAUAUCAGAGAAGGUUUUGUGAGCCCAACAAACCUGGAACAACUACCGAACACAGGUCUGAUAAGGUACAAUUCUCAUUAUGUAACUGUUGUUCAUAACCACCAACACAUUCAAGUCCAGUUCACACAGUAAGCAUAGGCUAGGUCAGAAAGUGAUGGUAUGUCAAACUGGGAGGCAUCAAGAUAACAAUACAAGUGCAAUCAAUGUAAGUGCUGAAUGGAGAUGCAGGUGUUUAGCCUUCCCUGACUGUAUUCUAAAUUUGAAUCUGUAUGUCUAGAUCUCUGUACAUGAGUCCGAUUGAGCAGGUUUGGCUAGCGAUGAAGGAGUAUGUGAACCAUGAAGCCAAACCCACAAGCAAAGCAGAGCUCAUAAUGGCCAUUGAAACAUUCUGGAUUCACAAGCUGACCACAGACCUCUGCAACGGAUACAUUAACGAUCUGGUCUCGCACUGAGCGGGGAAGUGUGAGGUGGAUCGACCGGAACGUGGGCAUUUAUAAUGAGCAAGGAGCGCAUGAUAUAUAUCCUGCUGUGGCAGCGAUUUACCUGCAGUAUCUAUGGUCUUUUGUUAUUGUUGAUAAAGUUAUUCUCCAGUUUUACUCAUGGUAGGUCAAUUAAGAGCUGUUGUGCAUUGGAGGCCAUAUGGGUUUCUGCAACUCCUUCCACCUCUUCAGUUCUGCACCCUCAUGUGGGUGAUUGUGAGAAGUCACUGUAAACAAGGUGACUGUAGAUCUAUUCACGCCCUCCUGUGCUUCUUCUUAAAUGCUGCCCUCUCGUGGUGAAAUUCUAUAACUGCAUUAUCUGCUCAAUUAACAUCCAACUUCACUGAACGAGCGCUUCUUAUUAAAUGCUGCCCUCUUGUGAUGAAAUUCAAUAACUGCAUUAUCUGCUUAAUGAGCAUUCAACUUAACUGAACGAGCACUUCUUAUUAAAUGCUGCCCUCUCGUGUCGAAAUUCUAUAACUGCAUUGUCUGCUCAAUAGAGCUCAACAGUGACCGCCCACUUUUUGAACGGCUCCGGUUCCGGAAGUGAAUUUCCCAUUCAUUUACUCCAUUGACGUUUUAGAAAAGCCUUAUAUAAAGAGUUGUAAACCUGGAACCAAGCCAACCAACUACCAGAUGAAUUGUGACCAUAAAACAUUUGAUUCGGAGCAAAAAAGAAA